AUGGGGUACGAUGAGAAGACCAGCGACAGCGGUUCGUCGGCAGAGAUGGCCUACGAUGGCAUGUCCUCAUUUCCUCGAGUAUCAGCCUCCAAAGCGAUUGACAUGAACGAGAAUGUCGAUGCUAAAAUCUCGAACCCGCUAUCAGACACCAAGAUGGAUGAUUUGAUGCAAGACAUCGAGCUCUUCACCGAAGAGAAAGGUCUGCUCGAUGCGCUGGAUCUUCUCAAGAGAGGUGCGCUGGUCGCGCAAGAUCCAGCCAGCGCCGACAGUAUGGACGUUCUCAGCAAUGAGGAAAAAGCAGCUCUUCGCCAUGAAGCCGCGCACAAGUGGAAGCAACCAACCGCGCUCUAUCUCACCAUCUUCAUCUGUUCUAUCGCGGCUGCGGUAGAAGGAUGGGAUCACACUGGGGCCAGUGGCGUCGACCUGAGCUUCCCACAAGAAUUCGGCCUCUAUUACGGCGCCCGAGCCACCUGGAUACUGGGUGUGAUCAACGCUUGUCCCUCCUUGGGUGCUGCCACCAUCGGCUGGCUGCUCUCUGACCCCUGUAACAACUACAUCGGCCGGCGAGGGACCAUCUUCUUGUCAGCGGUCUUCUGUCUGCUCUUGCCGAUCGGAUCCGCUUUGACGCAGACCUGGCAGCAGCUUUUGAUUGUCCGUCUUCUGCUUGGAGUAGGAAUGGGCCUCAAAGCUGCCACUGUACCUAUAUUCGCUGCCGAGAACAGUCCAGCGAGGAUCCGCGGCGCACUCCUCGUGUCGUGGCAGCUUUUCGUGGCGCUCGGUAUGCUCCUCGGAUACUCUGCGAAUCUUGCCGUCUUCAAAGUGCCGGUCAUCGCGUGGCGGUUGCAGAUGGGAUCGGCUUUCCUUCCGGCCAUACCGCUCCUCGUGGGCAUCUACUUCUGUCCAGAGAGCGCACGAUGGUACAUGAAGAAGAACCGAUACCAGGAAGCCUACCAAUCACUGCUGAGGCUUCGCUUCCACCCACUUCAGGCGGCUCGAGAUCUGUACUACAUCCAUUGCCAGUUGGAGGUCGAGGCUUCGAUCGUGAAGAAUAGCAAUUACUUCUCGCGCCUCACGCAACUGUUUACCGUCCCUCGCGUCCGACGAGCCACCCUCGCCUCAUCUACGGUCAUGUUAGCGCAACAGCUAUGUGGCAUCACCAUCAUAACCUUCUACUCCUCAUACAUCUUCCAAAGCGCCAGCUAUUCCGCUCGAACGGCCGUAAUCGCCUCCUUCGGCCUCAGCCUUGUCAAAUUCGUCUUCACUCUGCCCGCCAUAUGGACCAUCGACACAUUCGGCCGACGCCCACUUCUGCUCUUCACCUUGCCAAACAUGGCCUGGACACUACUCGCCGCGGGCCUCUGCCAUCAGUUCAUGCCGUUUUCCAAUAUGGAGGCGCGCGUCGGGCUGGCGGCGAUGUUCAUCUACCUCUCCGCUGCCUUCUACAGCCUUGGGAUAGGUCCGGUGGCGUACGCCUACUCCGCCGAGGUCUUCCCGCUCUCACACCGCGAAGCAGGCAUGGGAUUGGCGGUGGCAACCAAUUUCUUCUGGUCUUUCGUAAUAGCGAUUACGUUCCCGCGGAUGUUGGUGACGUUCACACCGGUUGGAGCGUUUGGCUUCUUUGCCGGGCUGAAUUGUUUGGCGUUCAUCUUGAUCUUCUUGCUGGUGCCGGAGACGAAGCAGAGGGCGCUGGAGGAACUGGAUUAUGUUUUUGCUGUGCCGUCGCAGAAGCAUGUAGCGUACCAGACUGGGACGGUGGUGCCUUGGUGGUUUCGGAAGCGGUUGCUGUGGCGGAGGGAUGCGCAGCUGGAGCCGCUGUACGAUACGGACAAGUCGAUUGUCGUCAGGUGA